AUGUCUUCCCCAGGUAUAUCUACCGCCCAACAGGCCACUCAUGGAGAAUCUAGUCAGCUUUCAAUCUUGAAAACAAGCGAUCUGGAAUUGCCCCCUGUCGAAAAAAUCCUCUCGAAUCUAUCAGGGCCUUUGUCUUCUUUGCCGCCCCGUACGGAAACUUUGGACUUGGAAGUGCAAGACGAGAUGUUCCGUGGUCUGCGAGACAUUAUUGAGAAAGCCCAAGAGGUUGACGAGGCAAGAAAUAGCUUCGACCUCAAGGAGCUCCAUGCAUCUCUCGAAGAGGCGGAUGCAAACACAAGACGCGGGCGAAGGGACGCCGAGACCCUGCAAAGCGUGAACGCUACUCUGCAAAAGCUCUGGGCUUGUAACUCGGAUUAUUUGGUGCAAGCAACUGAAAUUAUCGCAAAUGGAAGCAGAGAUCCUUCAUGGCGCGCCCCCUUUGGCCAGUCUGGUGUUUUAAAAUUCUUCCUAGACGUGGUUUCCUUGAAGGAUGAAAUUGAUACCGGCUUAUUACUACACUCUUUGCGGGUUAUUGGGAACUCCUGUGCCGAUACAGAUGAGAAUAGGGAAAUCGUCGUGAAAGGAAACUACACUCUUGCUAUCAUUCGGUAUUUCCUUGAUCCGGAUUUGGUAUUUGUUGCUAUUCCGGUCAUUUACAAUAUUUGCAUGGAUUACGAGCCGGCACAUGCUCAGAUAGCUGCUAAUCGGGCAGCUUACAUAUUGCUGAGGCUGAUAAAAGAAGGGAAGCUCGAACAAAAUCAGGCUCUACUGAACUUCUCAUAUGACUUGAUCGAAUUGGCCUCAGAACAAGCCGAAGGCAUUGAACAAUCUCCGGAUGGUACCAUUUUACUGCUAAUGGAGCUUGCAAUCGACGAGACCAUAGAAUUUGCGCAUUUCUCGUCAUUGGCAACUGCUCUUGCUGCAUAUCUUGAAAAAGAAAAGUUCCAAACUUCUUGCAUUCUCAACGGAAUGGUGGAAGGUGUCCUGGACGUCCUGCACCGUUCAUCUCUCGUUGAAUUGGAUCAAUCUUCGAGCGAAGAUGUCAAGGUUCUCGCUCAGCUUCGCCUCAAAAUUAACCAGGCUUUGGCUGAAGUAUCUGCCUCCCCGUUAUUUGCUCAAUACUAUCCCCUUGAUUCCCCUCUUAUACGGACAUUGAAAUCAUGGGUGAUUGGUACAGAAGACCAGCUUCAGAUUUGUGCCUGCGUCAUGCUUGGAAAUCUUGCCCGGUCCGAUAAGGUCUGCCAGGUGAUGGUACGGGAUCUGAAAAUCCACGAAGAACUGAUAUCCGUUCUCAAUGGUGAUGCUCGCGGCGCUGUUCUGCACUCCUCUCUUGGGUUCUUGAAAAACCUUGCAAUUGCCGGCGACAACAAAGCUAUUCUUGGAGAAGCUGGUAUCAUUCCUGCUAUUUCCCGAUUGUGGGCCUAUGAAUCUGUUCCGCAGGUUCAAUUCUCGGCCGCAAGUAUUGGACGUCAAGUGAUCAUCUCUUCGAUGGAUAACAUUUCCCUUCUUCUCGCCUCUCUUUCCCAUGACCCAGAUUCCCCGGCUCACCAGCGGACCUAUCUCUCUUUGCUUCUGUCUCUUUUUGAGAAGACAGACUCUACGCCAAUAAAGACCGAAAUUGGUCGGACAGUUGCUUCAAUCUGUCGGACCAUUACCCCCAAGGCUCGCGAUGGGGAUGAAGAAGCAAUGACCUUGCUUGACCGGUUGUUCACUCUGCACCAGGGUGUUGCACUCCCAAUAGGUGCAAUGAUCACGCAAACUCAGUGGCCUGUUGUUCGUAGUGAAGGCUGGUUUGCUCUGGCUCUGAUGGCGACAAACAAAUUGGGUUGUGCCUCUGUUGUGGAUUGCUUGCACAAAACAGAGGUCACCGAAUUACUCAAGGUGGCCCUAUACGCGGAAACGAACUCUUCCAAUCGGAAACAGGAGGAGUCAAACCAGUCACAGGAGACCAAAGACCGGGACAACGUUUUUGUACUUGUGCAAGGACUGCUGACGAACGAUUCUGGUACACUUCCUGUGGGAUAUAGAGACAUGCUGGAGGACUUGGUGAAGGUCCAUGCCUCACAGCUGAUAGCCGACAUAAAUUCCUAG